AUUAUUAUACAAUAUACAACAAUGCUCUAGGCAAUGUACAAAACGAAAAAAAGAUGAGUUUGGUGAAUGAGCAUAGCGUGAGGCUAUGAAUAUGGAUAUGUUUGCACUAGAGCCUAGAGGAGAUGCUUUUUAUGCGUGGUGAUACAGAACUGCAUACUUGCAACUGCGCACACCAGGGAAAGAAUAUUCCCCUAAAACAAGGAGUUUCUCUAGCAGUGCUCCUUGUUGAUCAAAGCUGCAUAAUUUAAAGCAGCUAGAGGCAACUUUAAAUUAUUCACAAUACAUUUUUUGUGAGUGAUCUUGGUAUAUAGCAGACAGCUUUUGGGUUACCAGCAGUUUCCUGUAAGUUCUGUAAACUCUGGCAUCCUUACAGAACCGUCGAGUUUUCUGAAAGGCACAUUCGAAAAGAAGGGAAGUCACUUUGCACAACAGUAGCCGAAGGGACCCAUUCUGCCACUUCGUGUUAGUCACAUCGCACAGAGAUGCUGCGCAUGCAAGGCGACACGGGACGGCGGGGCAGAGCCUCUCGGUCCCAGACCCAGCGUUCCCGUGCGGUUCGCGACAGCUUCCCGAUACCCUCAAAAGCCCCAGGCAGGAAUCCUGCAAUUAGCGCAUCUAACUCCUCCUUUACUGCAAGCUUCUCUCCCAUUGGUAAAAGGUCUUCCAGGCUCAUGUGGGGAUCCCACCCCUUUUGUGGGUUUUCAUUCUGAAGCUAUCCACAACUUUACACCUGAAUGAAUGCCAAGCCUUUCUGAAUAUAUAAAGGAAACCUCGAAGAGCAAUUUCAGAGUUACCGAGAACAAGCAGAAGAAAAACAUUUCAUCCGGCUCCGUCAGACAGAGACCGAACCAACCAUGCUUCUCCCCGCCAUUCACUUCUACGGCUUACUCCUAGCUUGCACCUUCACUAGAAGCUACUCGGCUUUCAAGAACGAUGCCACGGAGAUACUUUAUUCCCACGUUGUUAAGCCUGCCCCCGCGAGCCCGAGCAGCAACAGCACGUUGAAUCAAGCCAGGAACGGAGGAAGGCACUACGCCGGCACGGGCUCCGACCGUCACAAUCGCGUUCAAGUUGGCUGCCGGGAACUGCGAUCCACCAAGUACAUUUCAGAUGGCCAGUGCACCAGCAUCAAUCCCCUGAAGGAGCUGGUGUGUGCUGGUGAAUGUCUCCCUUUGCCGCUUCUGCCCAACUGGAUUGGAGGAGGUUAUGGAACCAAGUACUGGAGCAGACGGAGCUCGCAAGAGUGGAGAUGUGUCAAUGACAAAACUCGCACCCAGAGAAUCCAGCUGCAGUGCCAGGAUGGAAGUAUAAGAACCUACAAAAUAACUGUGGUCACGGCCUGCAAGUGCAAGCGAUACACCAGGCAGCACAAUGAAUCCAGCCACAACUUCGAGGGAACCUCUCAAGCAAAGCCUGUCCAGCAUCACAAAGAGAGAAAAAGAGCCAGUAAAUCCAGCAAACUUAGUACAAGUUAGAAGUCAGAGGUUCUCUCCUCUCCUGCUCUUCCUGCCAAAACUGAACUCACCUGUAAUCAUUUGCUUUACAGUUCUGACUGCUUAAAGACAAGUCUGCCAUUGCUUUGUUCUCAGAUGAUACUGCACGCUUAUUGUUUUGACCAAAAUCAAAAGGGGCAUUCUCAGCAUAUGGACCUUUUCGGGUGAUUUUCCAAAAGCUCAAGAUGGGCAGUAACACAAACCUUCCAAACCCUCACUUCAAAGUUUUAUGUUCCCUCCAGCCAUGGAGGCAAAGAAAAGUUGCCAUGAAUAUUCACGGAAGCCUGUUUUGUAAAAUGAUGCUUUGUUGUAUGUCUUCACAACAACAGUUUAUUAUCACGCCUACUGCCUUCUCUAUCAUGUUUUAUGAACUUCUGACAACAGCUUACAAAUGCUACACCAAGUAUCUGCUUCCAGAUUCAUUCUAAAAAAAGAAUGCCUUGCAUGCUAAUCUUUCUCCUGUCUCAGUAUACCAAAAAUGAAAAUGCAUGGCAGCAUUCAAAAAGUAAAGCUGAACAAACUAUUUAUUUGUUGUUGUAAUUAUUUAAUGAGCUUUUGUAUGUGUUAUUUCCCUCCAAAAUGUUCUUGUGUUUAUAGCUUUUCUCAUGUAUCAAAGUAUUCUGCUAUGAUUUGUGGCUGGAUUAGAACAUACAUUUUGUAGAUAAUGUAAAAUAGAUGUUCUAGCAUUCUUGGUAUAUAUAUUUUCAUUUUGAACAUUGAUAGACUUAGGUGUUAUUUUGAACUACCAAUAUAAAAAUUUGUUUUUUCAUUCUCCACUUCAUAUUAUUUUUGUUUAAAAGUGUGCAAUCAAAAGACAGAUAUG